UAACAUUUUGUCUUUGUCUUCAGAUUUAAAAACUGUUUCUUGCGGGUUUGUUUACAAUGUUUACAAAUAAAUUGGUUUCGAAAACGUUAAUUAGGUAUAUUUAAGUUACAAGGGUCAAACCUUGUUUGUUAAGGGUUUUUCUAAAUAAGUAUACAAACACUAAAAUGCCGCGAGGAAAGACGAAACAAUCGGACACGAAUGACGAAAAAGAAAUUAAAAGCGAAACUGAAAAUGUUAUAAAACCAAUAAAAAAAGAAGAAAUCAGUGGGAAGAUAGACCUUAAUAAGUUUAAGUUUGAAAAGAAAUCGAAAAUAAAAAUAGAGUUUGACAAUGAUGAGAAUACACAGAAAGUGGACAAUAAGGGCCUAUGGGAACCAUCUAAUUGGAGGCAGUUUCUGGACAACUUGAGGAUGAUGCGUUCAAAAAAUGAUGCUCCAGUAGACUCAAUGGGUUGUCAUAUGACAAUGGAUGAGAAUGCACCACCUAAAGUGAUAAGAUAUCAAACACUUAUAUCAUUGAUGUUAUCAAGUCAAACAAAGGAUCAAGUAACUUUUGCUGCUAUGGAGAGAUUAAAAGAAAGAGGCUUGUCUGUUGACAAUGUUCUUGCUAUGAGCGAUGAAGAAUUGGGCAAAUUAAUUUAUCCUGUUGGAUUUUGGAAAACAAAAGUAAAAUACAUUAAGAAAACAACACAAACAUUGAAGGAUCAAUAUGGUGGAGAUAUACCAAAUUCUGUGGAAAAACUUUGCAAGCUUACAGGAGUGGGUCCGAAAAUGGCACACAUUUGUAUGAAAGUAGCCUGGGACAAGGUGACUGGUAUUGGUGUUGAUACUCAUGUUCACAGAAUAAGUAAUAGAAUAGGUUGGGUCAAAAAACCCACAGCCACUCCAGAGGACACAAGAAAAUCUCUUGAAUCCUGGCUCCCAUUUGAAUUAUGGAGUGAAGUAAAUCACCUUAUGGUGGGAUUCGGACAAACUAUUUGCUUACCACUCGGACCUUCUUGCGAUAAAUGCUUAAACAAAGAUAUUUGUCCAUCCAGUGGUAAAUUAAAGAGAUCUCCGAAUAAAAAAUCACCUUUGAAACACUCAACAGAUGUCAAAGAAACUAAAUUAAAUAUUAAAGAAGAACCAAUGGAAUCACUGGUAGAAAUCAAAGUUGAAAAUUUAAAAGUUGAACCAAAAGAUGAUAGUGUUGAACAUUGUGAUGAAAGUCAAUCACAAAAUAUUCCAGUUUCUGAAUUUGAAUCUAAAGAAGAAACUGUUGUCACAUCGCAAAAACUGCAAUUAAAAAGGAAAUCUCCUAGAAAUAAAAUAACUAAUGAUAAUGUAACUGAUAUAAAUGAAUCGAAGAUUAAUUUAAGAGUAAAGAAAAAGAAAUCGUACAAAGAAUAGUAUUCACUAUGCAUGUUCUUA